AUGGAGAGCCAAGUGACCAGGCUGGUCGACAAGGCGUGGAACAAGCUGCUCGAGACCCCGCCGGACCGCCGGUACAUGAUAGCAAUAGGCGGCAUCCCCGGUUCCGGUAAGUCCUGGCUCGUUCUUCUCUUCUCAUGCACGCACAGGAAGACUAACUCCCUCGCCCUCUUUCCACCACACCAAAAAGGCAAAACCACCCUCGCCAAAACCGUCGUCGACGCCCUCAACGCCCGCCACGCGACCCUCGACCCAUCCCACCCAGCCCACGCCACGACCCCGAUAGCGGCCUUCGUCCCCAUGGACGGCUUCCGUACGUUGAUCUCAUCCAGCAUCUCCCCCUUCUUCCACCCCCCAUCCACACCACCAGACCAGACCAGACCAGAUCUAACCCCCACCCUCCCAUCCCAUCCCAUAGACCUAACCCGCGCCCAACUCUCCGCCAUGCCGGACCCGGAGACAGCCCACGCCCGCCGCGGCGCGGAAUUCACCUUUGACGGCGCAGCCUACCUCUCCCUGAUCCAGGCCCUCUCCACCACCACCACCACCACCGCUACCACGGUCCGCGCCCCGUCCUUCGACCACGCCGUCAAGGACCCCGUGCCCGACGACAUCGCCGUCGAGCCCUGGCACCGCGCCGUCGUCCUCGAGGGCAACUACCUGUGCCUCGACCGCGAGCCCUGGCGCGCCGCCGCCGCCCUCGCCGACGAGCGCUGGUUCGUCGAGGUCGGGCGGGAUGUCGCCCGCGCCCGCCUCGCGGCGAGGCACGUGCGGGCCGGCAUCGUGGCCACGCUCGAGGACGGGCUGCGGAGGGCCGACGAGAACGACCUGCCCAACGGGGACGAGAUCCUCCAGAACAGGAUCCCCGUCGACGAGGUCAUCACCAGCCGCGAAGACGGCAGCUGGGUGCAUGAGUAA